AUCUAAAGAAAUUUGUCUGACAACAAGCAGUUCUACUUACGAUGCCCUCCUGUAAAGUGCACUGCGGUGGAAGUCCCAUUAUCGCGCUGAUCAUUUGCGUCCUGGUAAUCGAUCGCGCGCUCUGUCGAUUGCAGCCAGCAGAGAAUGUGUUUCCCACCGACGUUAAUAAGGCGUUGCUGCCCAACGUGCGCCAGAGUUUGAAUGAUUGCCAUCUCCGGUACCACAAAUAUGGUGACUACAAUCUCAUCUACCCGAUCUUUGGGGUUCCCGUGCGGUUGGGUGAGUUUGCUCACAUGGCUGCCAUCGGUUGGACAGGGUCGGAUGGCGCCAUUGACUUCAGCUGUGGAGGAUCGCUGAUCACCGCUCGACACGUGCUCACCGGUGCCCACUGUGCCAGCCGCGAUGGAGUUGCACCGGACGUUGUCCGUUUGGGUGUGAUCCACAUUAACCUCACUCUCGAUGAUCCCAAAAAUGAGUUUGCGCAACAGUACAGAAUCGAAACCUUCCAGCGACACCCACAACAUAAAUUUUCAUCCUAUUACUUCGACAUUGCUAUUAUCACUUUGGUAGGGUCGGUUACGAUCAAUGAUGUUGUGACGCCGGCUUGUCUCUGGAAUCAACCGGAAGUUGAUUUUCCACGCCUCGAAGCCGUUGGAUUCGGUCAAACAUCCUAUGCGGGCGACAAAACUCCGGUCCUACUGAAAGUAAAACUGUCUCCAAUCUCGAACGCGGAGUGUCGAAACUUUCACAACUCCAACAUUCGGAAGCUUCGAUUAGGAAUAGUGGAUGAACAGGUGUGCGCUCGUGACAAUAAAAUGGAUACUUGUCUGGGCGAUUCCGGCGGGCCACUUCAGAUCAAGCUCAUGUCCAACCAUCGGACGACGCCAUACGUGGUGGGAAUCACCUCGUUUGGAGUAUUCUGCGGUACAGCAGCCCCUUCCGUGUACACCAGGGUCUCUUCCUACAUAUCGUGGAUCGAAACGGAAACUGGUGAAUCUUUCGCAGCGGAAACAUGUGCUGCUCGGUACAUUCGAGAUAGAGAAGCUGAUGAGUCGAUGGUGACGAAUCGCGUAGGUGAUCACGUGUUUAUUGAACCUGAGAAGAGCUACAUGGAUAUUGAAAUAAUGGUAAAGCAUCGUGUCUAUCUGGGGUACCCGCGUGGAAGCAAGAUUCAGUGGAACUGUGGUGGUGUGUUGAUAAACGAGGAUUACGUGCUUACGGUGGCACACUGUGACAAAUUUGUGUUCAAUUCAUCACCGACUCAUGUUAAGGUUGGGGACUUGGAUUUUCACAAAGAUCAUCCGGAGGCGCAAAUCAUUCGGAUAGAGAAGUUCAUCAAGCAUCCUAACUAUCAACAGGGAUACCUGGAGAACGAUAUAGCACUGGUUAAACUGGCCACGGAUGUCAAAAUCGGUCCGGAUGCCCUUCCUGCCUGUCUGGUAGACAACGACCUCACCAUGCCUUUGUAUGAAAUGGCGGGACUCGGACCAUACAAUUUGAACAAUUUUCUGCGCGACAACGAACCAAUCUCCAACAACAAUACCCUGGUGCUGACUAGAAUGCGUGUCGAUCCUACGACUUGCAAAGGAAUCAAUAGUCCCAAUGUGAUGUGCGCCCAGAAUAACAAAUUUCUUGUUCCAGGAACUUGUCGGGUAGAACACGGCGGUCCACUGGAGCGCGAAACGUGGCACUACGACCGGUACUACACGUACGUAUUCGGCUUGACGGUCGCCGGGAAGGACUGCGGCUUCGGAAAUGAAGCCUACUUUGUACGAACAUCCGCCCAUAUCAAGUGGAUCGAAUCGAUUGUUUUGGGAAAGAAACCGACCCCCAUUCAGGGCCAUCGAGUGCAGCGGCAAAUUGUGUUCCCCAACGAUGAUGAUGACAAUUACUCCGGGUCGUACAAUAUGGUGGGGGUACCCUGUACGACGGCUCAAAAUACUGCAGGUGUAUGUCAGUAUUACAGAAGCUGUCCGAAUGUUAACACUUCUUCACUUUCUCUAGUGAAAUUCUGCCGCCACGGAACAGAUCCGGUCGUAUGUUGUGGAAAGCCCGUUGGCCAGGAAAAGUACAGCAUGAAAAAGUGCGUCACUUACUGGAAGCAGUACAAACGUAAAGAGGAGGAGGAAUACGAGAGCAUUCCUUCCGAGGGACGACCCAUACAAGAGCGAGAAUAUCCACACGUGGCACUUAUCGGCACCCAGCAGUAUGGUCGUUAUUCCUGGACUUGUACCGGCGCUUUGAUUAGUGAGUUAUACGUUCUUACCAGUGCCGAUUGUGUAAAAUCCGGUACACAAAACGUUGUCCGAUUGGGAGCCGUUGGUGAUGAAACGGGAACGCAAGAAAUCGGUAUUGAGCGUUUUAUACCAUAUCCGAGAUACAACCCCACGACUUCGACUGGAAAUCUGGCAUUGGUGAAGUUGGCAUCGAAGGCAGCGUUCAGUGAUCGCGUACUGCCGGCAUGUUUGUGGCCAAAUCAUUCGACCGUUCCUUUGAAGUUGUACACUCUUGGAGUCGAUGGAGCUCAAAUCAUUGUCCGUCCUCGAGUGGCCCGCUACAACCAGGACUGUCGAAAAUUCUACAAGGUGACCAAUCUCGUCGACGACGAACAGUUCUGCGCGGAGAACUACUACUUCACUAGCAAUUCGUGCCAGGAUAGGAGCGGCGAUCCUCUGGAGGGAAUCAUUUCGACCGGCUCGAUAAAAAUCUCCAUCAUCGCAGGCAUUUCCUCGUACAAUGUGGGCUGCCCUUCCGCGUCCGAAACAAUAACCGUCUACGCAAGGCUUUCGGCGUAUAAAAAUUGGAUAUUUUCCAUUGUGGAGGCUUAGGUUCUGGCAAAUGUUACUCACCUCUAUUAAUAAUAAGAAAUGCAUAGCCUUUUGGGUGGUAUGACUA